AUGGAAAACGGCCGGGUGGUGAAGCUCGAGUUGGAAGAAUUUGACUUGACCGGAGCGGUGCCAGCUGAGGUUGGGCGCCUGAGCGCGCUGAAGGUGUUGGACCUCCGCAACUAUCAUUUGACAAGCGUGCCGGCGGAGAUCGGGCAGCUCACGUCGCUGGGGGUGUUGCACCUCGACAACAAUCAGCUGACGAGUGUGCCGGCGGAGAUCGGGCAGCUCACGUCGCUGACGCACUUGUACCUCGGAUGCAAUCAGCUGACGAGCGUGCCGGCGUGGAUCGGGCAGCUCACGUCGCUGACGCAUUUGGAGCUUUGGUCCAAUCGGCUGACGAGCGUUCCGGCAGAGAUCGGGCAGCUCGCGUCGCUGGAGAAGUUGCACCUCGAAGGAAAUCAGCUGACGAGUGUGCCGGCGGAGAUCGGGCAGCUCGUGGCGCUGACGGAGUUGACCCUCUACGGCAAUCAGCUGACGAGUGUGCCCGCGGAGAUCGGGCAGCUCACGUCGCUGACGGACUUGUACCUCGGAUGCAAUCAGCUGACGAGCGUGCCGGCGUGGAUCGGGCAGCUCACGUCGCUGAAGGAGUUGACCCUCUACGGCAAUCAGCUGACGAGCGUGCCGGCGGAGAUCGGGCAGCUCGCGGCGCUGCAGUGGUUGUCCCUCAAAGACAACAAGCUGACGAGCGUGCCGGCGGAGAUCGGGCAGCUCAGGGCGCUCAAGCUGUUAAGGCUUAACGGCAAUCAGCUGACGAGUGUGCCGGCGGAGAUCGGACAGCUCGCGUCACUGGAGAAUUUGCUCCUCGGCCACAAUCAGCUGACGAGCGUGCCGGCGGAGAUCGGGCAGCUCACAUCGCUGAGGAAGUUGUACCUCGACCACAAUAAGCUGACGAGCGUGCCGGUGGAGAUCGGGCAGCUCACGUCGCUGGUGAGAUUAGAGCUCGAAGGAAAUCAGCUGACGAGCGUGCCGGCGGAGAUCUGGCAGCUCACGUCACUGAAGUGGUUGAACCUCGGCUACAAUCAGCUGACGAGCGUGCCGGCGGAGAUCGGGCAGCUCGCGGCGCUGAAGGAGUUGUGCCUCUACGGCAACCAGCUGACCAGUGUGCCAGCUGAGGUUGGGCGCCUGAGCGCGUUGAGGAAGUUGAGCCUCAGCCGCAAUCGGCUGACGAGCCUGCCGGCGGAGAUCGGGCAGCUCACGUCGCUGAGGGAGUUGCGCCUCAGCGACAAUCAGCUGACGAGCGUGCCGGCGGAGAUCGGGCAGCUCAGGGCGCUCAAGCUGUUGAUACUCCUCGGCAAUCAGCUGACUAGUGUGCCGGCGGAGAUCGGUCAGCUCGCGUCGCUAGUGGGGUUGCACCUCCGCGACAAUCGGCUGACCGGCGUGCCCGCGGAGAUCGGGCAGCUCACGUCGCUAGAGUGGUUGUACCUCGCCGAGAAUCAGCUGACGAGCCUGCCGGCGGAGAUCGGGCAGCUCACGUCGCUGGUGGAGUCGUUGCUCGGCGGCAAUCAGCUGACGAGCGUGCCGGCGGAGAUCGGACAGCUCACGUCGCUGACGCACUUGGACCUCGUCGACAACCAGCUGACGAGUGUGCCGGCUGAGGUCGGGCGCCUGACUGCGCUAAGGGAGUUGAACGUUAGCCGUAAUGCGCUGACGCUCUUGCCGGCGGAGAUCGGGCGGCUCACGUCACUGAAGGGGUUGUACCUCGACGAAAACGAGCUAACGAGCGUGCCGGCGGAGAUCGGGCAGCUCACGUCGCUGCAGGAGUUGUGGCUCAACGACAAUCAGCUGACGAGCUUGCCGGCGGAGAUCGGGCUGCUCAUAUGGCUGCAUAUUUUGCGCCUCGGCGGCAAUCAGCUGACGAGCAUGCCGGCUGCGAUACGCAAGCUCAAAGCGGCGGGCUGCCAUGUGGAUAUGGAUAAAGGCGUUACCGUGGACGAGUGA